AUGUACGACUUCACUUCCCCAUCGUAUGACUAUGUCGACUGCAUCUUCUCGUGGCGAGACAAGACCGACUGCGAUUGUGGUGUCUUGACGCGAAUGCGCCACAUGAAGGUCCUCAACAGAUACAAGAGCGGCCGCUGCGAGAUGCCCGACGUGAUGAGCUUGAAGCUCGAAAUCUUUCUCACCGCCGUCACCCACCUCUUGUCCCAUGACGACUUCAUCCAACAGUACGACCCCGAGAUCCACCUGAUUGCCGGCUCCAAGAAGGCUGGAACGAAGAAGCAGAUUCACUACCUGUGCCUGGACUUUGGCGCAAAGAUACUCGAAUUUCCCUGCCCCCCCUACAACGUCAGUUUCGAGACGAACCUCAAGAACCAUGCCAACAGCUUGCAAUUUGCCUUGUUUGAAGUGGCCAAAUGCGCCAAUCGAUAUGGCGGCGGCAAGGUGGUUCCUCGACUGGCAUGGAUCAUGCAGGGCGUUGGAAAGGACGGACCGUACUGUUACACUUUUCAUCCCCGUCAGCAAGGAGGCGGAUUCCUCGAGCUCGCUCUAUUCGGAGGAGUCUCUCUCAAGAUUGAUAUCAACUAA